AUGCUCAGCGGAUCGAAUGUUUUGGCUGAAAGUGAGUGCCCCCCUUUCAUCACACUUUAGCUUGUAGUUGAGGCGAUCAAAUUAAAUUGUUUUCUUUCCAGUCGAGACCCUCCGAUUUCUUGGUAUCCUGGCCGCCAAUCUGGGCCUAAUCUCGACCAUCUGGCUGACUUGUGGAGGAAAAAAGAAGCCCGCAAAGCCUGCUGCUUCGGGUGGGAAAGCAGCGCCCAAAAAGUCGGCGGCUGGAGCGGCCAGCGAAGUGAAGCCGGUGGUGAGUUUUUUUUUGGCGCACUAUGCAAUAAAUUUUUGGGAGUUUUACCGCACAGUGCGGUAGGUUUUAGUUUCUGCCCGCACGGUGCAGUCAAAUUUCAAUUUUGAGUGCACUGUGCGCUCAAGAUUGAAAAUUGAGUGCACAGUGCGGUAAAUACGACCGCACUGUGCCAUCAAUUUUCGAAUUUUACUGCAAAAUACGAUAAAUUUUUAUUUUUGACUGCACUUUGCGAUCAAAAUUAAAAUUUAACCGCAUUGUGCAAUCAUUUCUAAAUGUUGCUCGCACUGUGCGAUCAAAAAUUUUUGUGCACUGUGCAAUUAAAUUUUUUUUUUCAUUUUAGUCCAAACGCCAUGCUGCAAAGGAAGAAAGCAAGAUGAAAGAGCCGGCGGAAGAGAAGAAAGAAAAGAGCAAGAAGAGCCAGAAGAGCGAGAAGAGCAAGAAGAGCAAGAAGAGCCAGAAAAAGGAGCAAGAUGAGGAGAAAACGGGCAAAGACGAGGAGCCGAAGGAGGGCGAUGACAAGGUACGCAGUUUUUCUUCGAUAUUUCGAUUUAAAAUUCGAAAUAAUUGAGUUGUUUUUCAGAAGGAAGAGGAAAAAGAAGCCGCAAAGGAGGAAAAGAAGGAGGAAGAAAAGGGAAAGAAGAAGGAGGAAAAGAAGGAGGCUGAAAACUUGGUUCCCGUCAAGAAACAGCUCGGCAAAAAGGAGCAGGAGAUUGUGCAGGGAGCCAAGAGAAAGAAGGGCGAUUAUCCGACAGUAAGUUUUGGGAUAAUAAGCAAACAUUUGGGUCUCAUCACGAAAGCUUGAAAUGUCUUGGAUUUGAGUGAAACUCGCAGGAAAUGAGGAAUGUAGUUUUUAGAGAUCUCUGACAAAUUUUUAGACCGCAUUAUGGCGAAACAACUGAGAUUUUUGUAAUUUUAUGAAAAAUUUUGGGUCUCACCACGAAAACUUGAAAUGUCUUGGAUUUGAAUGAAAGUCGAAGAAAAUGAGGAAUAUAGUUUUUUAAGAUAUCUGACAAAUUUUUAGACCGCGUUGUUCAGAAACAACGGAGAUUUUUAUAAUUUCAAGGAAAUUUUUGGGUCUCACCACGAAAACUUGAAAUGUCUUGGAUUUGAAUGAAACUUGCAGGAAAUAAGGAAUAUAGUUUUUAGAGAUAUCUGACAAAUUUUUAGACCGGGUUGUUGAGAAACAACGGAGAUUUUUGUAAUUUUAUGCAAAGUUUUGGGUCUCACCACGAAAACUUGAAAUGUCUUGGAUUUGAAUGAAAGUCGAAGAAAAUGAGGAAUAUAGUUUUUUAAGAUAUCUGACAAAUUUUUAGACCGCGUUGUAGAGAAACAAUGAAGAUUUUUGUAAUUACAUGCUAAAUUUUUAGUCUCACCACGAAAACUUUAGAGAUCUCGGAUUUGAAUGAAACUUGCAAAAAAUGAGGAAUACAAGUUUCUCAGACGUCUGACAAAUUUGUGGACCGCGUUCUGCAGAAAUAAUUAAGAUUUUUGCAAUUCUUUGCAAGCUUUUUGGUCUCACCGCGAAAACCUGGAAUGCCUCGGAUUUGAAUGAAACUCGGGGAAAUUUUAGGACAACAGUUUUUAUGAGAUAACUGAAGUUUUUGGCUCGCGUUAUGCAGAAACAACCGGAAAAAACAGUUCUUUCUCUGACCGUCUCUCAUUUCCCAUGGUCUUUCAAAAAAUGCCUAAAAUACGCGCACUUUUAGAUGGACGAUGUUCUUUCCGAUUGGGAUUCGAAGAAGGAGGGGGAAAAGAAGAAGGAAAAGAGUAAUAUGACCAAUCUGGACUCGAAGGAAAAUGAUGAAAACAAGGAGGAGGACAAGAAGGAAUAA